AUGUCUACCGUUUUCCUAUUCGGCGAUCAAACCGCCGACCAAUACAACAUCCUCCAUAAAGUCGUUCUUCGAAAGGAGAAUGCUUUCGUCCGGAGUUUCGUCGAACGGGCGUCUCUCGCUCUGCGGGAAGAGGCCAGACUGCUCACCCGAAGCCAGAGGGAUGUGAUCCCAGACUUCAACACGGUCAAUGACCUGAUUGAAGCCUACUACAUGAAGGGCGAGAAGGUGCCAAUGAUCGAGUCUGCGCUGCUCGUCAUCGCCCAGCUUGGACACUACAUUGGCUACUUCUCAGAGCACCCAACUGAGCUUCCUGCGGCGAAGGACAGCCGCGCGCUUGGACUGUGCACUGGUCUCCUCUCCGCCGCCGCCAUCGUUUCUGCGAGGACUACUGAAGAGCUGGUUAGCUUGGCUGUCGAGUUUGUUCGACUUGCGUUCCGCUCGGGAGCCGUGGUCGACCAAUCUCGCAACAUCCUCGCUCAAAUCGAGGAGGACAAGGCACCAUGGUCUACGAUUGUGACUGGGACCACUGAGAGCGCUGCGAAGGAGGCUUUGGCUGCGUUCCAUCAAGAGAAGGGCAUCCCACAAUCCAACCAGGCCUACGUGUCCGCCGUCUCAGUCAUGGCCAUUACGAUUUCUGGACCCCCACCGACCGUUCGACGCUUCUUCGGUGAGUCUCCAGCCCUCGCGAAGAACAACCGCGUCCCUAUUCCGGUGUACGCUCCAUACCACGCCGAGCACCUGUACGGCGAGGCCGACUACGAGAAGAUCUUCGCAGGCGCCAUCACGGAGGAGCUCAAGAAGUACACACCAGCCUCAGUGGUUCACUCUGCCUUCACCGGCAAGGCGAUCGCUGCGAAUGAUACCUACGAGCUGGCGAAGGCGGCCGUCACGGAGAUGCUCCAGAAGCCAGUUCGCUGGGAUCACCUGCUCGAGGAGACUGUCUCGCAGAUGACUUCGACGAAGCAGAAGUCCAAGAUUUACGCCAUGGGCAUCAGCAACGUUGCCAACAGCCUCGUCUCCGCGCUCAAGGCUGGUGGCCAGACCGACGUCUCCGCAGUCGACUACUCUGCCUGGAGUGAGAACUCCGACAUUGCCCAGGGCCGCACUCAGAACGAUAAGGUCGCCAUUGUUGGUCUGUCUGGACGUUACCCGAACGCUGCGAACACCGAAGAGCUGUGGGACUUGCUCAUGAAGGGCCUGGACGUGCACCGCAGGAUUCCUGCCGACCGCUUUGACGCCGAUGCUCACUGCGACCCGUCUGGCAAGGGCAAGAACAAGUCGCACACUCCAUUCGGCUGCUUCAUCGAUGAGCCAGGGCUGUUCGAUCCUCGCUUCUUCAACAUGUCUCCUCGUGAGGCUGCACAGACGGAUCCCAUGGGUCGUCUCGCACUCGUGACCGCCUACGAGGCCCUCGAGCAGUCUGGUUACGUGCCCAACCGCACGCCCAGCACCAAGCUUCACCGCAUUGGUACCUUUUACGGUCAGACGUCCGACGAUUGGCGUGAGAUCAACGCCGCCGAGAACGUGGACACCUACUACAUUACUGGUGGUGUGCGUGCCUUCGCUCCAGGCCGCAUCAACUAUUACUUCAAGUUCUCCGGUCCCUCGUACUCUGUCGACACUGCCUGCUCGUCUUCCCUGGCUGCUAUUCAGCUCGCCUGCACGUCUCUCUGGGCCGGCGACUGCGACACUGCCAUCGCCGGAGGUCUCAACGUCCUGACCAACCCCGACAUUUUCUCUGGUCUCUCCAAGGGUCAGUUCUUGUCGAAGACUGGGUCCUGCAAGACCUAUGACAACGCUGCUGAUGGAUACUGCCGUGGUGACUCCUGCGGCAGUGUGAUUCUGAAGCGCUACUCGGACGCCAUUGCUGACAAGGACAACAUCAUGGGCUGCAUCCUUGGAGCUGCGACGAACCACUCCGCUGAAGCUGUGUCCAUCACUCACCCACAUGCUGGUGCCCAGGAGUUCUUGUACAAACAGGUCCUUGCCCGAGCUGGCAUUGACGCUCAUGAGGUCAGCUACGUCGAGAUGCACGGAACUGGUACUCAGGCCGGUGACGGUAUUGAGAUGACUUCCGUCACCAACGUCUUCGCUCCCCGACACCGCCAGCGCAGGCCAGACCAGCCCGUCAACCUUGGUGCAAUCAAGGCCAACGUUGGACACGCCGAGGCUGCCUCCGGCAUCAACUCGCUCUCCAAGGUUCUCUUGAUGAUGAAGCACGGCAAGAUCCCAGCCAACGUCGGUAUCAAGGGUGAGAUGAACAAGACCUUCCCCGCCGAUCUCAAGGACCGCAACGUGCACAUCUCGCAGAAGGAGGUGCCAUGGCCACGACACGGUGCCGCCAAGCGCAAGGUGUUCCUCAAUAACUUCUCUGCGGCUGGUGGUAACACUGCUCUUCUGCUUGAGGAUGGUCCACUUCGUGAGACCCCCAGAGUGCUUGACCCGCGCAGCACCUUCCCGGUCACUGUGACUGCACGCAGCAUCGCGUCUUUGAAGCGCAACAUUGCCAACCUCCAGGACUAUAUCCAGGAGAACCCGAACACCACGUUGACCUCGCUGUCAUACACCUUGACUGCCCGUCGCAUCCAGCACAACUACCGCGUCGCAUUCCCGCUCUCUGAGAUCAGCAAGGUCAGCGAUGCUCUCCAGAGCCAGGUCAAGGACUCGUACAGCCCAGUUCCAAUGGUCCCAACCAAGGUCGCUUUCUGCUUCACUGGUCAGGGCUCGCAGUACACUGGUCUCGGCCAGAAGCUGUACCAGGACUUGAAGACCUUCCGCGAUGACAUUGACCAGCUCAACCGUCUCGCCACCAUUCAGGGCCUGCCUUCCUUCCUUGAGCUUCUGGAUGGCACCGAUGUUCAGACCUUGUCCCCCGUCAAAGUCCAGCUCGGUAUGGCUUGUAUCCAGGUCGCUCUGGCACGCAUGUGGGCUUCCUGGGGCAUCACUCCUACUGCCGUCAUCGGCCACAGCCUUGGCGAGUACGCUGCUCUGCACGUUGCUGGCGUCAUCUCCGCCUCGGACAUGGUUCUCCUUGUCGGCCGCCGUGCAGAGCUCCUUGUCCGCGACUGCACGCCACAUACCCACGGCAUGCUUGCUGUGAAGGGCAGCGCCGAUGCAAUCCGCAACACUCUCGGCAACAAGAUGACCGAGAUUGCUUGCAUCAACGGCCCCGAGGAGACUGUCCUUUGCGGCAGCGGCGAGGUUGUCGGUGCUGCCAACGAGGUUCUCACCCAGAAGGGCUUCAAGGCCACCAAGCUCAACGUGCCGUUCGCCUUCCACUCUGCCCAAGUCGACCCCAUCUUGGAUCAAUUCAAGACCGUCGCAUCUUCCGUCACCUUCAACAAGCCGCAAGUGCCUGUGCUCUCUCCUCUCGAGGGCGAGAUCAUCCGCGAAGCUGGCGUCAUCAGCCCUGCCUACCUGGCUCGUCAUGCCCGCGAGACCGUCAACUUCUGGACUGCACUCACGAGCGGCCAGACGGCGAAGGUUUUCGACGAGAAGACUGCGUGGCUUGAGGUUGGCGCUCACCCAGUCUGCUCUGGCAUGGUCAAGGCUUCCAUCGGCGCCACCAUUACCGCACCUUCUCUCCGCCGUGGCGAGGAUGCGUGGAAGACCAUCUCCACAAGCGUGUGCGCUCUGUUUACGGCUGGUGUCUACGUUAACUUCGACGAGUACCACCGCGAGUUCAACGAUGCCCAGGAGCUCUACCCGCUGCCGACGUACAGCUUCGAUAACAAGAAGUACUGGCUCGACUACCACAACAACUGGACCCUUACCAAGGGCGAGGCGCCUCAGGUCAAGGAAGUCAUUGUCGAGAAGCAGGUCGCUGGUGCUCCCCAGGCAGCUGCUCCUGCGCCUGAGAUCCCGGCCAAGCGCCUGUCCACUUCCUGCCAGAAGGUCAUCUCCGAGGACUUCAAUGGCAGCACUGCCAAGGUCGUCGUCCGCAGCAGCCUGGCUGACCCCAAGCUGUACCCUGUGGUCUGCGGCCAUAUGGUGAACAACGCCGCCCUCUGCCCGUCUUCCCUCUACGCCGACAUGGCCCUCACCGUCGGUGACUACAUCUACAAGGAGAUGUACCCAGGCUCCGAGACUCCUGGCCUCAAUGUCUGCAACAUGGAGGUGCCGAAGCCGCUGAUUGCUCAGAUCCCUCAGCCAGCGGCCGGACAGUUCGUUGAGAUGGAGGCCAAUGCCGACAUGACUACUGGCCUCAUCAAGCUCAACUUCCGUUCCGUGCAGCCUGAUGGCAAGAAGAUCCAGGACCACGCUCACUGCACUAUCCGCCUCGAAGACAAGGUCGCCUGGGCUGAUGAGUGGGCCCGCUACAACUUCAUGGUCAAGUCCCAGAUGGAAAUGCUCAACCUGAAGACCCAGAACGGCGGCGCGCACAAGGUCCAGCGUGGAAUGGCCUACAAGCUGUUCAAGGCGCUUGUCAACUACGAUGACAAGUACCGCGCCAUGGCUGAGGUCGUGCUCGAUGGUCAGACCACUGAGGCCUCCGCCACCCUGGAUUUCCCCACCAAGCCAGAGGACGGUGACUUCUACUGCCCACCGUACCACAUCGACGGCGCCUGCCACAUCUCUGGCUUCAUUGUCAACGCCUCCGACCUCUUGGAUUCCGAGCAGAACGUCUACGUGUCCCAUGGCUGGGGCGCGAUGAAGUUCUCCCGCCCGCUGACCGCCGGCAUGAAGCUGAAGAACUACGUCCGCAUGCAACCCCAGCCGAACAACAUCUCCAAGGGUGAUGUCUACAUCAUGCAAGGCGAUGAGAUCGUGGCGGUCUGCGAGGGCAUCAAGUUCCAGCAGAUUCCUCGCCGCGUGCUGAACACUUUCCUGCCACCGAACAAGGGCUCUGCUGCCGCCCCGGCUCCUGCUCCUCGUGCUGCCCCAGCCCAAGCCGCCGCUCCGGCUCCGGCACCUGCGCCAGUGCGCCCUUCGGGCAUGAACUUGACCGCCCGCGCGCAGGCUCCGUCGCCGAUCCAAGUCGCACCUGCUCCCCAGCCUGCGAAGCCCACGAUGGCCGCGCCGAAGGCAUCCAAGCCAAAGAAGGCUGCCGCUAAGAAGCCCUCCGGUGGCAUGGUCAGCAAGGUCAUGAAGAUUCUGUCGAAGGAGACUGAGGUGGACGAGGCCGAGCUUGUUGACGACGCUCACUUCGAGAACCUUGGCGUCGACUCGCUUCUAUCUCUCACCAUUUCCGCUAUCUUCCGUGAGGAGCUCGACAUGGAGAUCAGCUCUUCUCUCUUCACCGACUACCCAACCGUCGGUGACAUGAAGAAGUACUUCUCGCAAUUUGAUGGUGCUGCCGGCGAGUCUCAAGAGGAGGCGACGGAUUCGUCUGACGAGGACUCCGUGCCACCGACUGAUUUACCAACUCCAUACGGCGCCGAAUUCUCAACACCUGCCAGCUCUGCGCCCAGCGUUGCACCCAGCGACGACGGCAAGCCAGACUCCCCCAGCCAGGACUCACUCGGCGAUGUUGGCGACGUCAGCAUGGCUCGCCACAUCGUCGCCCAGGAGAUGGGCGUCGAUAUUUCCGAGGUGACCGACACUGCCGAGCUCGCAGAGAUGGGCAUGGACUCGCUCAUGAGCUUGACCAUCCUCGGUGAGCUCCGCGAGAAGACCGGUAUCGACCUCCCGUCGACCUUCCUCACCACCAACCCGACCAUCAAGGACAUCGAAGACGCUCUUGGGAUGCGCCCAAAAGCCAAGCCGGCGGCAGCCACUAAGCCCACCGCCCCUGCUGCCGGCAAGCCCACGAUGAAGAAGGCGGUUGACAUGAACCAAGUGUCAGCAAGACUUACCUCCCUCAACAAGACCGACCUCAGUCGGUACCCACCCUCCACCUCUGUGCUGCUCCAGGGCAACCCGAAGACCGCGAGCAAGAAGAUCUUCUUCCUGCCUGAUGGCUCUGGCUCGGCGACCAGCUACGUCUCCAUCCCCAACAUUGGCAACGACAUCUGCGCGUACGGUUUGAACUGCCCGUUCAUGAAGGAGCCUGAGCGAUGGGACUGCGGCAUCGAAGUGUCUGCUCUCAUCUACCUGAAUGAGAUCAGACGUCGACAGCCCAAGGGCCCAUACAUCAUUGGCGGUUGGUCCGCUGGUGGUGUGAUCGCCUACGCCGUCGCACAAGCCCUCCUCGCCGCUGGUGAGACCGUCGGAAAGCUUCUGCUUCUCGACUCGCCUUGCCCGGUUGACCUCGCACCUCUCCCCGCCCGCCUCCACAUCUUCUUCAACGAGAUCGGCCUCCUCGGCACCGGCGACCCAGCGAAGACGCCCAAGUGGCUGCUGCCGCAUUUCAGCGCCGCCAUCCGGGAGCUGUCAGCAUACGACCCUAAGCCAUCGAUCCAGCCCAUCCCCACCUACGCCAUCUGGUGCAGGGAGGGUGUUGCCGGCAACCCAGGUGACCCACGCCCACCGCCAGCGGAGGAUGAGGACCCAGCGCCCAUGAAGUGGCUCCUCAACCACCGUACCGACUUCAGCGACAACGGCUGGGGUCAGCUGUGCGGGACGGAGAAUAUGAAGUAUGGUGUGAUGGGUGGUAACCAUUUCUCGAUGAUGAAAGACCCACAUGCCGUAGACCUUGGCAACCUCAUCAAGGCCGGCGUCGACUGGCAAGCAUAG